UUCUGCACUAUUUGCGAGACAGACAGACCCAUCUCUAACCGCCAGAGGAUGGGCCAAACGAGCACCGGUCAGCAAUAUAAAUAUUAUUAAACGAAACAUAGCUUCGGCUACUCCGUCAGCACUAUUCGCAUCAUCUCAUUCAAAAGACUUAUAAACAAUAUCUUCUCUUAACAAUGUUAUCACUAAUCACUCUUCUCCUUCCCCUCUCUCCCCUCGCCGCACGCGCACCAAGUAGUCUCUAUCCUAUCAAGACAAGGGCAUCAAACCUCCCCACCUUUUCUCUCGAUUGGAACGACCAACAGCUUUGCGGUAGUCACACCUACGGGGUCUACGACAACCUCGAUGGCGGCCGCGCCCGAUUAACUGAUUGCGAAGAAAUUGCCCAAUGGGCUUACGAUAACACCGGUUCAUGGACGGUACCGCAAAGCCUUUACAGCAAUUAUGCUGCGCUGUAUACGGCACAGACCUGCGUCCUAUGGGUCAAAACCAACAGCAGUGCUACGACAGUUGGAAACGCCGAUAUUUAUCAUUUUAUAAAUGAUGUGAUUAACGGCACGGACAGCGAUCACCUUUCGCAGCGGGGCUCGAUGGCGGGUUGCGGCGGGAACUACAAUUCCUCGAGUGUAGACCUCAUUUUGAGCACUGGGUUCAUUGGAGAGUGAGAAGGUUCGCCGGUCCAUGUUAGAUAACUUGGCAAGUUCACCAAAAGACGCUUCUUGGAGGCAAUGGUUACAAGUAAGGGAUAGGGCGAGAAAAUUUUAUACAUAAUAAGGUAAUUCCGGAGGGAAAGUGGCAUUAUUGAUACCAAGAUUGCUAUUUUUCUUCAAAUGUACAUGUCCUUAUUCAACGAUGCAGCCGCUUUUCCCAAC